AUGGCUAACGUGGACGUCAAUUUCGUGGAAAGCUUUAGGCAUCAACUUGGUGAAAGAGAUGGUAUCUUGUCUUAUGAGGAGGCAAUCGUGCAAGUGUCUGGGCAACGGCUGCUCGGACCUCAACAAAAGCCGCUCAAAAGCAACCGGCCGAAGGGUGAUGUGUGCCUGAUCGACUUACCCAUCAGGGACCUACAUUCACAUGGUGGCAAACUUGAACAGUUUGUGGACAUUAUCCAAAAUCAUCCUGUCGAGGGAGAGAUUAGCAUCAAUGCCGACUUCCUUGACAAUCUCUUGUACAAGCAUGCUGUCCAAGCCAAAUACUCAGCUCUUCCCAAACCAUUCUGCUUGAAGGCAGAGCCCAAAGUUCCAUAUAGCAUGCAGUUUGUCAUCGUGCCGUCCUAUCUUCCUCCUGAUGAAGAUCAUGCCUAUGUCGACAUCUUCAAGCACGUUUACCUUCACAAGAACAAGAUCCUCAGCAGUGAAUGCAUCUCCUGUUGUCACGGAAUUCCUGUUCGCUUUGACUGGGGCUCUCAGGUUCGUCUCGGCCUCACAGGUAUGAACUACAUGCUGGAUCGCGUCGGAGGCAUGCAGGUGCGAUUGUGGACAAUUCAGCCCAAGUUCGAAAAGAAGGUGACUUUAGAUCAGACUGCUCGUGAGGCAGGGUAUCAUUUCAUUCGAGACCAUGGUCCGCGCUCCAACAACAGGAAUCAGUUCAUGGAGUGGACCGAUGAGCAGGUUCAUCUUGCCGGUGGCCCCUUGGAAGGAUGGCAUGAAGGAAAGGUCAAGGAAGCUCUGCACAAUUACUAUCGCGGGCGGCAAAAUGCCAAAACUUUAGAGUAUUGGCCCCUGACCUUGAAGAGUUUCAGUGCAUGGUUCCUAGAUGAUGUGAUUGUGCACAUGCUACCCUCCAUGCGACAGCACUCAAUCACUUGGAUUGGACGCACCCGCGUCGGCAAGUCGGUUGGUUCCAAAACAAUCCUCUUCGCACAGUCCCGCUUUGAGAUCACUGAAGCAGACCGAACUGACUUGACCCCAUCCAUCGUGACGGCCAAACAUUUGGAUUUCUUCAAAGCCGAGCCCAUUACGAAAUUCAAACCAGGUGUCUUCGACGAUGGCAUGUUGCAGCGCAUGGACAGCAGCUUUCUCAAAGCCUUCUUGAAUCCAUCGGAAGAGGAUGCGACUGUGUGGGCUCGCUAUUCAUCUGCUCAGUUUGAUCAAGGAGCUGGAUGUCACGCUUGCAACAAUCCGUACAAUGAUGUGGUCGAGGAACAGCUUUUCCAAGAGAUGCAGAAGAAAGGGGCCAGCAGCAUUUCUCAUAAGGGUUUCCUCGACAUCAUCGCUCCUUCCUUCACCGCCGUCGAAGACAAAGAGGACAUGGCCGCAAUCCUGGCGCGGACCCAUGUCAUUCUCCUCACAGAGAACGGAGUAUAUCACCGCGUCUCCAACACGCAGAAGGUGGAUGUGCCAUUCAUCCAAUGGCCUGAGGCCUCCAUCAAAGAUAUCUUGGCUGCAGAGCACAAGCCGAUCUUCAAGGCAUACAGACAAAAUCCUUCUGGACAUUCUUUGCCCGAGAACUAUCAUGCUGAUGCCAUUUGGUCCCAAGAACUACUUCGCAAGCUAUUGAAUGGUGAAUCAGUGCCACGAACUAUUACGAUUCGGAUGGGCAACCUGUUCUCCGCAGAAGUCUCGGAAGUACAGCAAGCACCACGUUUACUGCCUGCGUCCGAGAUGGCCACCAAAGUGAAGAAAGAACGUGAGGUAAACUUCUUCAAAAACCUCAAGCGCUCAAACUUUGGCAUCAUUGACCUCGACAGCCCCUCGCCUCCAAAGCGGGUCCGUUCGACAUCGGCCCCUUCAGUCCCCAACCCAGACGAUCUGCCCGGGAUGUCCGUGGAGAACGAAUUUCCUGAAGUUGAAGAGACAGAUGAAUUCAAGAUUGAACUUGAAAAGAUGGUAGAGUUGGAGAUGAUGGAAGAUGCCGAUGCCUUUUACAACGCAGAGAAGUAUGUGUGUCAUGACAUUGCCUGUUCGUUGGAUUUUCUGCAUGGUCUGCCCCACUCUUAUUUGGAGAGACAUUUCAAAUCAAAAUUGCCAUCCAUCCGCUUGUCCUUGCACCGUCCGGCCGUUUGCAUUCCUCAAACACUUUCGUGCUCGCUGACAGUUUUGCUUCUGAUUGACAUCAUGCCAAAGAAGAUCAUGAAGGCUGUGAAGAACAAGCCCCAGGUUUGGCCAGCUCCAAAGAAAGGAAAAGCCCGCACCUUUAUGAAGUCCAAUGCUCCCAUGAAGAAAUGCAAGCCUGUCCCGUAUGUCCGGCAUCCAGGUGUGCAGACCAAGUUUCGAAAGGAAAGGGUUCACUUCGGUGUGUCAGUUCAAGGCCUCAUCUCUAUGCGUCCUCGGGCUUUGUUCCGUUGUUUGCAGAAAAAUGGCAUUCUCCUCGACUGGAGAGGCCAGACCUGUCCCCAUUGUGGCGCUGGGAGUCUCCAACCUCUGCGCUUCUUCAAAGACAGAAAGGUUUGGGCGCACAAGUGCACAGCCAAGCUUUGCAGAAAAUAUGUUCAGCCACAUGACUUCCAUCCCAUUUUCCAUCAUGGACGUGGGGCCAGCUACACUCCCUUGGGGCAUCAAGCAGCUGUUCUAUGCUGUGCGCUUGCGGGCGUACCAGCAACCUCAGCUCCCGUCAUCUUGGGCAUGAAUCACAAGCCCGUCUCGCGCAUCUACAACAACCUUGAGAUUGCUCGCAGCCGUCAUGUCCUCCAGAAACAGAAGGAAAUCCACUUCGGAGCCAGACACAAAUGGUGUGAUGUUGAGGCGGAUGAAGUUGAUAUCGGCAAGGAAGUUGACUUACAGCACAAAAGGGCCAAGUGGGAGCAGUGGGGUGGCAUUGUCGAGCGGGGCCAGCCUAGCACCUUGGUUCUCUUCCGCCUCCCUCCAAAGACUACCGCUGUGCGCUCGCCAGGUCCAGGCCCAAUCACCAAGCGAGAUUGGAAACCCAUUGCUCAUAAGUUCUUGGAGAAUCGUGAUGUGAUCUUGCAUACUGAUGGUGCCAAGACCUACAAGAUGAAAUUGUCCGGCGUGGUGCAUGACAACGUAGUGCACAAGAAGAAGCAGGUGCUCGUGAAGGGAAAGCCUGUGUGGGUGAAGCCUCAUUACACCAAAGUGUGGAAACACAAGUUGCCAAAUGGCAAAAGCGUAACCGUGAAAGCAGGUACGCAAAUCAUCGACCGCUUCUGGGGCCAUCUGCGCGCAGCUUUGAAACAUGCUCCGCGUAAGGUCGGGUCCAUUGCGCUUGCCCGUAAAGUUCGAGCAGCGCAGUGGACGUACUGGCACCGUUCCCAGAAUUUUUGGGAUGCCACUGGGCAGAUGUUGCAGGAUCUGCGCGUUUGA